ACGCAGCCUCCUCCACUGCACGCAGCCUCCUCCACUGCACCCUGAUGGUGACAGGGACACAAAGGACCCGGGCUGAUGUCCCCUGUCCCCAGGCUCAGGGCUCAUGUCUGUGUGAGGCUGCCCCCUGCUCCCGGGGCUGAAUUAUUAUGUAUGAAGGAUGCGUUUCGAGCUGCUCUGGGUUGUAGCUGCUGUGAUCUCUGCAAUGCCGGAACUGGGUUUUCCACUGGUGAAUUCUACUUUACCCCGUAAUACAGCAAAACAGGAAGCCCCCAACUCAUGGCACCAGCCCCUGGAUCCCCCUCAAAUAAUUUACCCCAGCCGGCUAGUGGGGCAAACCUCAGGAACCGAAACCCGCAGAUAUCAGCUGGACACCCAGGUUAGAAGCGGAACAGCCAGUGACCUAGCUGCCCAUCUAGCGAGCACCAGUUUUCUGGUGCCGGUCUUCGGGAAGAAAAUCGUGCUGGACCUGGAGCUGAACCAUAAUCUUCUGUCGUCAAGAUAUGCAGAAGUUCAUUACAGUGACCAAAACAAUACGAGGGUAAUGAAUCCUGUGGGAGCCGCUGAUCAUUGCUACUAUCAGGGCCACGUGCGUGGGGUGGAGGGAUCGUGGGCUGCCAUAUCUACCUGCCAUGGACUCAGGGGAACGUUUUCUGAUGGACUAUACACGUAUACGCUAUCCCCUAUGGAACAUAACAAGGAGGAGUCAGACCGAUGGCCUCACGUGAUCCAGCGAAUCAGUAGAUGCUCACAUCCAGGCUGCGAUCAUCACGAGGGAAUUCCUCCCAGCCCAAAAACGCGCAGGAAAAGACAGGUCCGUCGGACUGUCCAUUCCGCUCUCACUGAAACCAAAUACAUUGAGCUUCUGGUGGUGAAUGAUCGACAAAUGUAUGACCAGCAGCGUCAAUCUUUGAGUCUCACCAGUGGCUUUGUGAAAACAGUGGUGAAUGUCGCUGAUGCCAUUUUUAGGGACCAGCUGAACACCAAGCUUGUCUUGGUCGGCAUGGAAACGUGGACAACAGCAGACAAGAUAUCGGUGACCGACGAGCCACUGCAGGUGCUGGCGGACUUCAUGAGAUACCGGAGAACGGAGAUCUCGGAGCACAGCGACGCUACUCACCUCUUCUCAGGUCGCACAUUCAAAAGCAGCCGCAGCGGGGCAGCGUAUUUUGGUGGGAUCUGCUCUCCGACCCUUGGCGGUGGAGUGAAUGAGUAUGGGAGCAUGAACUCAAUGGCCGUGACAUUAGCACAAACCCUGGGGCAGAACCUUGGGAUGAUGUGGAAUAAACCGCGCACAUCAGCUGGCGACUGCAAGUGCCCGGAUCUCUGGCUGGGGUGUAUCAUGGAGGACACCGGGUAUUACCUCCCUCAGAAGUUCUCCCGCUGCAGUAUUGAUGAAUACAGUCAGUUCUUGCAAGACGGGGGAGGAAGCUGUCUUUUUAAUAAACCUCUAAAGCUUUUCGAUGCCCCGUCCUGCGGGAACGGAUUCGUGGAGGUCGGGGAGGAAUGUGAUUGUGGGUCCCCUGCUGAAUGUAUGAAGUCAGGAGCCGGGAAUUGCUGCAAGAAGUGCACACUCAGCCAUGACGCCAUGUGCAGCGAUGGUCUGUGCUGCAGAGGCUGCAAGUAUGAACCGCGAGGGACCAUUUGCCGAGAGCCUGUUAAUGAAUGCGACGUGCCAGAGACCUGCCUGGGAGACUCCAGCGUGUGCCCUCCCAACCUACACAAGCAAGAUGGAUACUUUUGUGACAACGAACAGGGCCGUUGUUAUGGCGGGCGAUGUAAGACCAGAGACCGCCAGUGCAGCGCAUUGUGGGGACGCAGUGCAUCCGACAGGUUUUGCUAUGAAAAGUUAAAUAUCGAAGGGACCGAGAAGGGAAACUGUGGGAAAGAUGGAGAAACAUGGAUACAAUGCAACAAACAGGAUGUCCUCUGUGGAUACCUCCUGUGUUCCAACAUCUCCGGAACCCCAAGGAUCGGAGAACUCAAUGGUGACAUCACCAGUAUGAGCUUUUAUCAUCAAAACCGCUACCUGGACUGCAGAGGAGGGCAGGUGGUGCUUCCAGAUGGCUCGUAUUUGGGGUACGUUGACGAUGGGACACCAUGUGGCCCUAACAUGAUGUGUCUGGACAGGAGGUGCCUCCCUGCUGCAGUCUUUAACUUCAGCUCCUGUCCCAGCAGCUUGACCGGUGGGGUCUGUUCGGACCACGGGGUAUGCAGCAAUGAAGGCAAAUGUAUUUGCCACCCAGACUGGACCGGGAAGGACUGCAGUGUAUAUGAUCCACUCCCUGUCCCAAAGCCAACAGGAGUGGGGGAGAGAUAUAAAGGUCCCAGCGGUACGAAUAUAAUCAUUGGGUCCAUCGCAGGAGCUGUGCUCAUUGCUGCCAUUGUACUCGGGGGAACAGGAUGGGGCUUCAAGAACAUUCGAAGAGGAAGAUCCGGAGGAGGAUAGGCGUCUGAAUGUCUACUGUGCGUUCUCUCUUCAUUCUUCAACUUUCUCAAUCAUUCCCCUGACACCUCUAGGCCUUGCUAAGGAAACAAGCAAAAUAAAAAUAAACUAUCUGGAGAAUGGAAGAGGAGCCACAGAACAAACGUCACAAUAUGGGUUCAUUGGGAUCUGUCUGCCUGUCUUCCGGAACACAUAAACUGCCUCUCCUUUUGGUAACAAACUAACCUUUAAGCAACAACAUAGAUGCUUAACAUCUGGGAGCCUUGAAGAAAUCAUUCUUCCGUCGGUCCUGCUGGCCAUGGAAAGGCAGAACCUCAUACGAAAGAAUGGAGUGAACCUUUAAACGUUACUGCCGUUAAAAAUGUUGGUCUCGGGAGAGACUGACCACUUGAAAAUGUCACUGCCAUUAAUCCUCUUUGUCCUGACAGGGACUGGCCCUUUAACAUGUUAUUUUUCCCACAAAUAAACUGCGUUGAAGGGGAACUAAA